AUGUCCUACUAUUCACGUUCACCUCCGCCACUUCAGCACCCAGUUCCGACUCAUCCAGCUUUUAUACCAGAACCGCCUUCAACGCCAGCUUCACCUCAAGGUUACCAGCGCUUCGUUAGUUCACCACCACCAAACCAACAAUAUGCCGCACGAACUCAAUACAAUCCUCCUCCAUUUCAACCAAUCCCAAAUCCUCAACACCAACACAUUCCCGACUUCGCGGCAUGGGGUAUGAACGACACUACCGCUCAAUUUGGAAUGCACUUAGGUCAAACAGCUGUUGCUGCAGGUCAAGACUAUGUCCAAAAGAAUUUCGCCGGCAUGAUACCAGUCACGAUGCUCAAACACCAUUUUAACGUCUCAAAUUCCUACGUCAUGCACAAACUCCAGCUCGUCAUAUUCCCUUGGCGACAUAAACCCUGGACACGAAAAGUCCGUCGUACAGAGGCUGGUCACACAGAAUGGCAGCCUCCUCGCGAUGAUAUCAAUAGUCCCGAUUUAUACAUUCCCCUCAUGGCACUAGUCACCUACAUUCUCAUAGCAGCACUUCAAACAGGUCUACAAGAACGAUUCCACCCCCAAAUCCUCGGCACAAGUGCAACACGCGCUCUCCUUGUCGUCCUCCUCGACUUUCUCUUCGUUCAGUGUGGGUGCUACCUCCUCAAUGUCCAAGGCACGGGUCAGGUGGUAGAUUUGAUCGCUUAUGGCGGGUACAAGUUUGUCGGCGUCAUCCUUACGCUCUUCGCGGGUCUUCUCAAUCCAGGCACAAUGAUAUACACAGUCGUAUUUUUUUACGCAUUCGCUGCAAAUGCGUUAUUCGUUCUCCGCUCCCUUCGCUCAGUAGUCCUUCCAGACUCGCCCGCCAAUGUAGGCACUGUCAAUCCCGCAUCUAGAAAACGCCGCAUUACAUUCUUAUUCCUGGAGGCUGUUUUGCAAGUCGUCUAUAUGGGUAUCUUGGUAAGGGUAUGA